AUGGAUGACCGGGACCAAUCAGCCCCAGGGUCGUCGUCGUCGGCGAGGAAGCGGUUGAGAACCUCACACGCUUGCGAUAUCUGCCGAUCCCGCAAGAUCAGAUGCGAUGGGCUGAGUCCAUGUACCUCGUGCUCCGUCUCCCAGACGGAAUGCACGUAUGGAUCUGAAGCAAACUCGAGGGGAAAGAGCGAUCUCAUACUCGAGGGUGUCCUCCGGGUCGAGAGGCUCCUUCAGCAGAUGAAUGCCAACGUGGUCAGUUACCGCGCCCCUCUUCAGAAGCCACCUUGCGACGAUUCAGGCCCCAUCAGCGACUCGCAGCAUCCUUCAGCGAACUAUGCGAGAAAUGGCCAGGGAAAUCUGGAGAAUGCCGUUCUCGACGCGAUGCACACCUCGACCACCGAGUCUGUUCUACAGUGGCCGCAUUUUGACGUCUUCCCUUCCCUGCGAAACGACUACGUGCCCAUCUUCGAGCUGGAGCAGGCCCGCUCCCCGGUCAAGAUGAGACCGACGUCCAUCAUGUAUCCGCUUGUCUCGCAAGACGAGAUCGAUUCCAUCCUCGAGGCCUUCCAGGACAACGUCAACUUUUGGUACCCGACUUUGUCUCGCCAACAGCUGGACAAGGUCGGGCUGGCAGCCAAGUGUCUCAGCGCAGGUGUAUCCGAGGACUAUACCGUCCAGAGCUGUCUAGCGCACCUGACGAUGGCCCUUGGCUGUGCCAGCCAGACUGUAGCUGGCCUUGCUCGGCGAACUUCGCUGCCGGACGACCAGCUCAAGAGGCGGGCCGAGCAAAAAGAGAUGGGCGACCUCUAUUUCGACCAUGCUCUCAAGAGGCUGCAUGUUGCACAGAUGGACGUGGGAUCAGAGGCCACUCAGUGUCUGUUCUUCACAGCGUUAUACUUCGCCUUCCUGCGCCGCCCGCUGCAAGCUUGGGAGUUUAUCAACGCCGCCUCCGCCAAAUGUCUUCUUCUUUUGUCUUACAGACCUGCAGAUGAGACCUCUGAAGAUCAAGAGCGCAUAAGACGGAUAUUCUGGUCAUGUUAUAUUCUGGAAAGCGACUAUCUGGCCGAACUCUCCGCCCUUCCCCCCUCGGGUAUUGCACCCAUCGAAUCUUCGAUCCCCCUCCCGGGUGUCCUCCCCUACGCGACGCACCCCAACCCUCUACAGGAAGAACACUCCUCUUUGUACCUCCUCGCCUGCAUCUCCAUGCGCCGGCUCCUCAACCGCGUCCACAACCUCCUCUACGCUCGCAAUGCCACUCUCGACCGGCGUCGCUUCCCGCCCAUCGUCGCCGAGCUCGACCACCAGCUUGACGAGUGGCGCGACGUGCUUCCAUCUGCCUUCGGCUUCACAGUCGACACCGCUGACGUAGAGACAGAGGCCGGGGCUUUCCUGCGCCAGCGAUACCUGACGUGUCGGAGCGUCAUCUACCGGCCGUACCUGAUGUGGGUGUUGAGUGGGGGUGGCGUGGGGGAUGGACCGAGCGCUCGAGAGGUCGAGGGGUGCCGGCUGUGUCUGCAGGCUUGCUUGCUGCAUGUCCUGAAUUUGAGAGGGUUUGCGCACACAGUAUUAGUGGAUACCUGGAUUUGUUCGCUAUCCAUGGCCGGUGCCAUGCUCGUCCUCCUGGCCGCCUCCCGUAUCCCAUCUGUGCGCAGCGUCAUUUCUCCUUCCCUUCCUACUGCUGGCGCCCACCUAAGCGAGCUGCUCAGGAGCUGGCAGCGCGUUCUGGGAGAGCCAAGCUCGCCGAGCGUGGACCAGGCCGUUCGGGUCAUUGGGGAGGCGGAUGGGUUCAUCAAGCAGGUUUUCGCGGCGGGGGAUAUACUUGCGCUGUGCGGAAGGGAGAGUGGAUAA